CGUCCGGAACUGAUGAUUGCUAAACAAAUAAAUAAAAGUGUCUUCAAUGGAUCCGGCCGAACAGAUAUGCCGUUUUUGCCUGUCCGAGGAAGAUCUGUUAACCGAUUGCUCGCUGUACGACGGUGCUGUUCAAGUGAAGUUAUUCACUAUCUUCAGUUUCCCUUUCGACAGUCGCGCAUCGCUUCCGUCCAACAUAUGCACGAGCUGCUACCACAAAAUCGAUGAAUACUACGAAUUCACGGAAGAAGUUCGCCAAAAUCAGCAACAGCUGAUAGCCCGAGAAGCAUUGACUUCCCAAGUCAACAUCAAGCUUGAAUCAACUGAAGCGGUGGUACUGGAGAAACCGACGGUUGUCAAAGAACCCGUUCCAAUCGACCUUCAGACGAUAACCAUCAAAGCUGAAGUCACCUCCGAUGAAGUCGUCAACGAAGACGACGAGACACAUGUCGUCGGCUACGAUUCGAAUCGAUACACCGUUCAGAGCCAGGAUGAUAUGGUUCAGUUCAAAGUUGAAUUCGAAGACACGGAGCUGCAAAGCGAAGGCGAACCAAGUGUGGACCGAGUCAACAAAACCGCUGCAGAGGAUCGUUUGAUCAAGAAUUUUUUCGGCUUGGUGUGCGAAACCUGUUCGACGCAGUUCGAUAGCUUCACUCUAUUGAAGCAGCACACGAGGGUAACGCAUAAUAAGAAACUGUCAUUCACGUGCUGCAACAAGCAACAUUCCCGCAGGUACCAACUGCUGGAGCACAUAGCACUACACAGCAAUCCGACCCCAUUCCAGUGCGAUUCGUGCGACAAAACGUAUAAACGGAAACUCGAUCUGGCGAAUCAUCGUCUGAUAGCACACAGCGGCGAAGAAGGACGGCCCUUCAAGUGCAAUCAAUGCAUGCGAUCCUAUCCGAAGCGGCACAUGCUUACUUCUCAUAUGACCAAGCACGUUCCGAUGGAGUGUGACAUUUGCCACAAGGUGGUAUCGAACUCGGCAACCCUGAAGCACCACAAGACUCAGGUACACAGCGAUGCCAACAGGCACAUCUGCGACGUAUGCGGCAAGGAGCUCAGUAGCAAACACGCCGUGCAUCGCCACAAGCUGCAGUUGCACGAAGCAGUCAACGAGGCGACCCGAGUAGCGUGCGGCCUCUGUCAAAGAUGGUUCGUCAAUGAGGAGAGCAUGAGACACCACCUGAAGACCAAGCACGACAAUAACAAAGCUACGUGCGAUGUUUGCAGUCAGGUCUGUCCCAACCGGAUAGCUCUGCGAAUGCACAAGAUGAGAGUCCACGUGGAAGCAGCGCACGAGUGUGACAUUUGUGGAAAGAAGUUCAAGCGGAAGAUACCACUGAGGGACCACUACGCAAUGCAUACGGGCGAGAAGCUGUACACGUGCAAUCUGUGUGGGCUGCAAAUGAGCUCGAGUUCCAACUUGUACUCGCACAGGAGGAAAAAGCAUGCGAAGGAGUCGGCGGAAAGUAAGCAGAAAGGGUACGCCAAUUCGCCGACGGAACUGGAUAAGCAGUAGAGAGCGUUUAGACUAGGAAAAAUAAGCUCCUUUUUUUGCAAUAAACGAUGUCUGGCUCAAGCUUUGUCAACUUUUACCUUAGCUGCUUUACCUUAAACCUGGUUCAGUUUGGUCAUUUACCAAGCAAAACCGUUCUGUAAGCCUUAUAUUACAAAUAAAUUGAUGCGAUUUUGUCGUUCCGUCAACCGGACAACCACA